GAGGUCCGGACGUCAUGACACGUGACAGUGAUUCUCCACUGCAGUCUUUUACUUUGAAGCCUCCUUAGAUGUCACAAUCAUGUCAUUGGCAGCUGGCAGUGCUGAUCCGGCAUCAGAUCUGUAAUAUUUUUCAGGGAAAGCUGAGUGACAACCAAUAUGGCGGUCGUUGGGGUUGACUCCUGAUGACACAUCAGUCUAAUGGUACAAUGUUUUAUGGGACUGCGGAUAAUACAGUAUGUGGUGAGGUUGUCGGACACCAGGGUGUCACAGGACAGGUCCCAUGUAUGAGUAUGUGAGGUCCAUUGUCCGCCCGCUGCCCGUACUGUCCAUUCUCUUCUGUUCCAGAGCCAGGUCCCUGCUGACCGAGCACUGACACAGCAGACACGUCUUCCCACAUUGUGUGUGUGUUAUAUUAGACUUCAUGUCGGGCGCCACAUCUCACCGUGCUGGGUCAGAUCUCCUGAAUUUUUGAUAUCUUCUCUUUCGUCACCCAUUGACCAAGAGUCCUGUGUGGCUUUCACCCUUGCUGACCUCCAGGGACUUCUGCUAUCACCUCUCUGACCAGAGGACCUCACCGUUUCUGUAGCUGACCCUUUCUUCUCAAUGGCCGCUUUGUGAUGGACCUUCAGGCCACUUGAGGAACAUUCUCCUUGGGAUAAGAUCAUACAGAGCGGGUAAGUGCCAUUAUGUCUGGGAGCCUUCAUAUGUUCUGACCUUGGAUGAUAGCUGCGUUGUAUCUUCAGGGACAGGAUGAAAACCUACCUGCUGCUGCUCCUCCUCCUCGUGCUGGGCCUACAGGUCUCGGCCACCUUCAAAAUCUGCGCUUUUAAUAUCAAGAGCUUUGGAGAAGCCAAAGCAUCCAACAAGAAGAUAAUGGGAGUGCUAGUGAAGAUUCUUUCUCGCUGUGAUAUUAGCGUCAUUCAAGAGGUGAGAGACUCGAAGGGAGAAGCGGUUCCUGCACUUGUGAACGAGCUAAACAGACUUGAUGGCGUCCACCACUACCAGCACCUGGAGAGUAAAAGACUGGGGAAGAACAGCUACAAGGAGCAGAUCGUCUUCAUCUACAGAGCGGACACUGUGAAGGUGCUGGACUGGUAUCAGUAUGUGGAGGAUCAUCCCGAUCACCCAGAAGCCUUUGCAAGGGAACCCUUUGCUGUCCGCUUUCACUCACCGACCACAGUUAUCAAAGACUUUGCCCUGAUGUCUCACCACACGUGUCCGAGUAGAGCGGCCAGUGAGAUCACGAGGCUCCUACAGGUGAUGCUGCAGGUGAAAAGCCGCUGGAAAAUUGAGAGUCUUAUGCUUCUCGGAGACUUAAAUGCUGCAUGUGGCUACGUCACAGGUGAGGAAUGGCAGAGCAUUAAGCAUCAGAGCAGCGGCACUUUCCACUGGCUGAUUGGGGAUAAAGAUGACACAACAGUGAAGGAGAAGACGCACUGCGCCUAUGACCGCAUUGUGGUCCAUGGAGAAGAACUACUUAAAGGGAUUGUACCAGCUUCUGCAAAACCGUUCAAUUUCAAGAAAAAACUUGGCUUGUCUGAAGAGGCGGUAGGACUGGUUUUAUUACUGUGGACACAUACAGAACUAAUGAAUUCACCUUUCCAUGGUCAGAUAUCGUGCCAGGAGUUAGGCUUGAGCACAUUCAGCUUUCCAUGGUCUCUAGAGGUGCUACCACAUGGUCAGAUAUCGUGCCAGGCGUUAGGCUUGAGCACAUUCAGCUUCGGAGCCCAGAGCCAUAGUCGAUUCGUUAAAAAAACAUUUAUAAAAUGUUUCCCUACAGCAUUAAACUGUACGGGCGCAGUGUUGUCUCAGCCGAAGUUGCACAAGACUUUGGUAUUCCUAUCUUAUUUAAAAAGACGAAUCUGAAGUUGGCUUUGGUACUGGCCGGUACCCCUGUACUGAAUCCGAUUUCAGAUUCCCAUUUUAAAACGUUUUUAAUUAAGCAGAUAGGAAUACCAAAGUCUCAAACAACUCUGGCCGAGAAAGUUUUCCUAUACAUUUUAAUGCAUGUAUGGAAACAGCAUUACAAACUAAGCUUUACAAAUCUACGUUGGAUCUAUGAUCCGAAGCGAGAGUCGCUCAUGCCUACCAGGAGUGGAGUUGUAUCUGCCCUUAAUACCUUCUCUCCUGUUAUGAUCUACAACUGACUUUAGCUUCAAAGCCUGAACACGGUGCUGCCCCCUUUAAUAUGUGAUAGACGGGUGAGGCUGCUCCAAGAGUGGCGUACACUCAUCUGACCCACCGCAACGUGAUACCAUAUAUUACAUCUCUGGCUCCCCGCAGCUUUCCCUGGAUACUGCUGACAAAGGCAUUCUCUCCUGCAAGAGACCUGCUCACACGUGGUAGAUUUAGUGCAAAACUGCAUGCACAGAGCCUUAGGACACCUCCACUGGGGAGUAUGAACUAGAUUUUCAUGUGGGAAGAUCUUUAUUUUACAGUGCUGACAUGAUGGGCGAUACAUAUCUACACGCUGCUGUACAGACUGAUCUGCUGCAGAUUUAAGCCAGCACUGCGGGUCACUGUCCUGAAUGUAGCUCCACCAUAUAACCCCCACAAUAAGGUAUUUUAGGGUACUUUCACACUAGCGUUUCUGAACACUUGCCCGAAUGCAUUUUUCCCCAUAGGAAUGUAUUAGUGCCGGGUCAGUCCUUCCCGUCUGCACAUGCACAGACCAAAAAGUGAAAAA